AUGGAUAUGCCAGGACCAAGUCGGCAAGUUCUGCUCGUCAGACAUGGGCAGAGCUUGCACAAUGCUGACAAGGGAUCUGCGGGCAUCGAUCCGGCAUUGAGCGACUCCGGGCUGGUUCAAUCGUCUGCAUGGCCUUCCCAUUUUCUCAGAUUGCGAACUCUUGGUCGUCUCGCCUUUGAGUCGGGCCGUGCAGACCGCAGCAGCAGCAUUUGGGGAACACCCGGGUUGCCGGACGGUCUUGACUCCCUUGCACACCGAGAGAAGCUUUGCAAGCACGUGGUAGAACUUGUUGACGGCUCUUGUUCAAACAAAUCAGCUUGA